CGAUCUGUGAGUCUCUUUCUCUUUCCCCUCAACACAACAUGUUCCUCUUCGACUGGUUCUAUGGCAUUCUCGCUUCCCUCGGUCUCUGGCAGAAAGAAGCCAAGAUUCUCUUCCUCGGUCUCGAUAAUGCCGGCAAGACCACCCUUCUUCACAUGCUCAAAGACGAGAGAUUAGUUCAGCACCAGCCCACCCAGCACCCCACUUCCGAAGAAUUGAGCAUUGGGAAAAUCAAGUUCAAGGCUUUCGAUUUGGGUGGCCAUCAAGUUGCUCGUAGGGUUUGGAAAGACUACUAUGCCAAGGGUUUCUCAAUGUGGGGUUUGUUUCAUACUUGGAUGGGGUGGAACUUGUAGCUGAUGAUAGUUUUCUGGGGUUUGAAAGGUUUUAUUGUUUCAUUGUUGGCUCAACUGCUUUUGACAAGGUUGUGGUGCAACCAACAUGUUCAUAAUAACCUGGUUGUUGUAUUUGUAGUUCUUUUUGAAUCUUUACUUUGUUGGGUUUUAUUUAA